CGAGCCGCGCAAGGUCCAGAUGUAAAAACAAUACAUAGGAGGCCUCAAAAGAGACGAGUUCUCUGUCCAUAUAUCUAUUACCUUCCAUCGCCAGUAAAUUUCCAAUAUUGGAGUGGAUAUUAAAUAUUCUCCCCGACGAUGUUGGAGUACUUCGCCUACAAGAAGUUCAAGAAGCACAAGGCCGGCAAGGAGGAGCAGGGCCAAGUGCAUAAGGGCAAGGAGGCUGAAGGCCCUCCGACUCCGGUCUUGACCGAAGAUGACGAGCGUUUCCUUCGGCGAUUGACCGCCGCCCCAACUGACCAAAACAGCGACGAUGACGAACAGAGGCCAGCUCUCCCGCCUCGCGUCAGGACACCCGACCUUACCUGGGACAGCGACAGCGAGUCUUUCCGCAAGCCCAAGCAGGGGGAAGGCAGUAAAUCGGAGGGUAAAAACACCAACAAAAAGGCCAGUCGGCUAUCGCUGUUCCUGCGUAGGGACAAGAAGAGUCCAGAAGAUGCCGAUCUGGACCCAACAAGGCUCUCAGUCUCGGCGCCCGAGAUCGACCACGAGAGGGACGACCUGACGCGGGUCCUUGACGACCUGAACCUGUCGGCGAUGAACAACAAGGCCUUCUCGCUCUCGGACGAGUCCACCGAGCUGAUGAAGAACUUCACCAACGUGCUGAAGGACCUCGUCAACGGCGUCCCCACGGCCGCCAACGACCUGAAAGCCCUCCUCGACGACAAGGACGGCACCCUGGCCAAGACCUACGAGAAGCUGCCCAAGUCCAUGAAGAAGCUCGUGACCCAGCUCCCGGACAAGCUGACCUCGACCAUGGGUCCGGAGCUAUUCGCCGCCGCAGCCGCGGGCGCCAAGGGGCUCGAACAGGAGGAGCGCUCUUCGGGUGGUGGCGGCCUCAAGGGAGCGGCGAAGAGGCUCCUUGUACCUAAGAACCUUACCGACAUGGUGACCAAGCCGGGUGCCGUCGUCGGGAUGCUCAAGGCCAUCUUGAACGCGCUGAAGCUGCGCUGGCCGGCCUUCAUCGGGACGAAUGUCGUGUGGAGCGUCGCUAUAUUCCUACUGCUCUUUGUGCUUUGGUACUGCCACAAGAGGGGCCGCGAGGUCCGCCUGGAGCGCGAGAAGUCCGGGAGGCCCGAGGAAUCCGAUGGAAGGAUUGAGGAACUUCCCGACGACCUGGCCUUGCCUUGCCCGGAGUCGACACCAAGUGGCAAUCGGACGCCCGUCACCGUUGAGCGUGAGCGUGAGCGUGAGAGAAUUAGACGCUGAUAGGGUGAUCCACCAAACUUCCGCUGCUCAACCCCACUUGGAUCGUAUGGUCGUCGUGAUGGAUGAGUCUGGCCUGAUGGGGAAAAAAACCAGGUGCUGGAAAUGAGAUCGAAUGAUGAUCGAAUGCGGCUGGGAUAUGAUCUUUAGCAAUAGUGUAGAUACCCGCUUUUCUGAGGUGUUUUCUCCUUUUUCCUCUGGGCGUUUUCUUGUUCGAUGUCAACAAAGGGGAACGAAAUGGCCACUGCCUGUGGCGGCUCUGAUAAUAGCUUUUUUCUCAACGCAAUCAUGCUCUACAAACG